GCAGGUGCAGGAAAAAGAGGUUAAGCAUCACCACGGAGAAUUAGCAACACAAUCUGAUUUUAUAGCAGAGAGGAGUUUAUUUUUCCGUGUGACAAGAAGAUGGUCGCCAAACAGAGGAUCCGAAUGGCCAACGAGAAGCACAGUAAAAACAUCACGCAGAGGGGCAACGUGGCGAAGACGCUGCGACCACAAGAGGAGAAGUAUCCAGUGGGACCAUGGCUUUUGGCACUCUUUGUAUUCGUUGUUUGUGGAUCAGCUAUCUUUCAAAUCAUUCAGAGCAUCCGAAUGGGUAUAUGAGCCCUGCACCUCCACAACGCAUCCAUGAGAUCGGAGACCAUUAGGCACAGUAGUAAGGAAAACUGGAGGC